GUUAUCAUGACUAAUCAGUGAUAGGCCUAUCAUUUUUUUCCAGUGUAGAGUUAACGUGCAGCAGCAGAAUGUGGCCCUCUAGUCCUGUGCUGGUGGGGCUGUGCGUACUGCUCCUCUCCUGCUCCCACACAUCGGGAGAGAACGCCUCCGAGACAGAGACGUCGGCACGCGAAGGGGAACUUGAUGUCAUCGCCAGAGGGAAACUCAUGGCACCCAGCGUGGUUGGAUGAGCCAUCAAGAAAAUGCCUGAGCUCUACAAAUUCCUCAUGGAGCGUUGGGCUUUGUAUCACAAUUUAGAAUACGAUUCAAGUGAGGAUAAAAACCCCAGACUCAUUUUCUACAAUGAGAAAGACGAGGUUGUCAAGACCGUUUCGGUGAAAAAGAUGAAGGCAGCUGCGAUCGAGAAGCUGCUGGACUCUCUGGGUUUCUACAAGCGAUCAGAGAAGGGGGAGCAUGUGCCUGAGGAAUUCCAGAACUUCCCUCUUAGAGCGCCUCGAGAUGAACUGUAGUGACACCCAGUGGCCAGGCGUUGCCACUGCACCUGCUGUGAAUGACGGUCAAGAUCCAAAGGCUAUACCGCAGGCCAGGUCCUGACACUGAUGAAAAAAAUAACAAGCAAGCUGUAGUUGGACACUGCUGAAGCACACUGUAUCACUUAUUUGAUAAUAAAUAUUUAAAAAGAAAAGCUGUCUGAUGUGGUUCACUUGAUGAGGAGGGGAUGACAUUUAAAAUGUGUCAGGGGAAAACGAAAAAAGAUGAAGCGAAAGAGAUGUUUUUUCAAUAGCAGAGCAAUUUCCAGCAUUUACAAAUUACACAUCUGAGUUUUUGUAGCUGAUCCUUU